AUGCGUUUUUGUUUCCUACCAUUUUCCCAACUUGGUAAAUUAAAAAAAUUUUCAUUCAAGAAAUAUAUUCUAACAUCAACAGCUUGUACAUUACCAGGUGGUUUAUUAAUGCUGAUCGCUUUCUAUUCAUUUUUGCAUUCAUGGCUGAAUGCAUUUGCUGAAAUGUUACGUUUUGGUGAUCGUUUAUUUUAUAAAGAUUGGUGGAAUGCAACAACAUUUAGUGUAUGGUAUCGUACAUGGAAUGUAAUUGUACACGAUUGGUUAUAUACUUAUAUUUAUCGUGAUAUACAAUUCUUAAUUGGAAAACAUUCACGUACAUUGGCAGCAACCGCUGUUUUUUGGUUAUCAGCCGGUGUACAUGAGUAUAUUCUAAUGAUGAGUUUAAGAUAUUGUUUACCAGUGUUAUUUUUAUUUUUAGGUAGUGGACGUGGUUGGAAUGUAGUUAUUUGGAUAUUAUUAUUUAUUGGUUGGGGUCAAAUGAUUUGUUUAUAUUCAAUGGAAUGGUAUGCACGAAAAAACUGUCCACCAGUUAUGGAUGGUUAUCUGAAUUUCUUUAUGCCACAUAUUAUAUUAUGUCCUAGUACUAACCAUACUGGGCAUGUUUGA